UCCUAUAAAUGAACAUUUGCUGUCUGAAUAUCCUGGGACUCACAUCGAAAUGGAGGUAAAACCUUGUAAUUGUGGGGAUAUCGAUCAACUUCCUGUAAAAGUUGCAGAAGCAAUAAGAAAGAUAGUGAAUAAAGAAGGAUAUACAAAUCAUAAACUGAGCACUAAAGCCAUAUCUACUGACGGUGGUAAUUAUUUAGGAUUAUUGUAUGAAGUCAACGUUACAGGAUACACAGAAGAUGGCAAGAAAGAAACAAACAUAUUUGUUAAAUGUAUUAUUCCUGGAGAUAAUCUAAGUGUUUUGUCGGUCACUGAAAUUUUCAACACAGAAGUAUUUUUUUACAAUGAUUUAGCAGUGGUUAUUGAUGAAAUGCAAGAUGAAGCUGAUGUGCCUGCAAAAGAGCGGUACAAUAUUGUUAAAUCAUUUCAAGAAAGUAUACCUGAAGCUAUAAUUCUUGAAAAUGUAUCAAAGAAAGGAUACAAGACGGGAUUCAGAAUGGAUGUGAUUUCCUUAAAGUUUGCUGAGUUGUCCAUUCAACAAUUGGGAAGACUGCACGGGCUAUCGUUUGCUUUAGAAAAGAUGAAACCAAAUUAUUUUAAUAGCAAAAUUAGAUCUUUGUCCGUCCCUCAUAAUUUCAACAAAGACUUCAAGGGUUUGAUAACAAAUUCUGGACAAGUAAUAUCGGAAUGUUUGGAUGAUGAUGUACGAGAAAGGUUCACUGCGUUCCUUGAAAAGUUAUGGCAUGAUGUACAAAGGUACUAUAAUGAUCAGAAAUAUAAAAGGACAAUAGUACACUGUGACUACAGGGCUAACAAUAUUUUAAUGAAAGAGAUUGGUGGUGAAAUCACGGACGUGGUACCAGUAGACUACCAGUUUAUACACUACGGCUGUCCUCUGACAGACUUUUUUUACUUCAUCUUUCUGGGCACCGACCAAGAGUUUAGAAAAAAUCACCUGGAACACCUCAAGGACCUUUACUUUGAUUCCAUAACGAAAAUGCUGAAAUAUUUCAAUAUAGAUGUUAAUUCUGUUUUUCCUAGAGAAGAUUUUGAAGAUUUAUAUAGAGAACUAAUAGGUUUUGGUUUGUUUAGCUUUGUCAUGCUAAUGCCUUUUAUUUUUGCAGUCGAAGGUGGAAUACCCGAAUUAGGUAAAAACCAAUUAGCUGAUGUAAAUGUUAAAUGUGACGAGCGAAUGAAAGAAAGGGCUCGAGGAGUAGUGGAUGAUUUUAUUCGAUGGGGUGUCAUGUAAUUUUUUUUUAUGAACAUUUUACUUCUUCUUCUUCAAUUUAAGAGGUAUCCUCUUGUCGGUGGAGUAUUUUCCAUUUCUCCCUCUCAUAAGCUAUAGCCUUGACCUCUUGAUACGACACGACACCAGCUUUUUCUUUUAUUUGGUCUACAUAGCUACGUCUUGGUCUGCCCCUGCCUCUCUUUCCUUCUAUCUUGCCUUCUAUGAUGCUUUUAAAGAAGUGGUCGUGCCGUAACAUUUUACUUAAGCAAAAUAAUUGUAUAAGAUAACAAAUACAUUGUGAUUCAAUGAAAAAGAAAUUCAAUGGAUGUUCAGUUAUUAUACAGUCAGUAUUUAACUAGAUUUAAUUUAAUUAUGUUUCAUCAUCCGUAUUGUCCACUAGUACAUAGGAUAUUGCUUCCAGUACGGAUCGAAUUAUUGUUAUAUUUACUUAUUACCACACUCCUAAUUAUUUUGCUUACCCGGUGAUACUAAAUAAAAUGUAAGCGAAGUAAGGUGGUUACUAGUGCUCGACAUGCUUAUGCCCAAUAGAUGACACCCUGCUGUCAGCUCCAUUUGACAAUAACUCAAGUGUCAAGAUGACAUACUUACAGGGUGUAAUCGUUAAGUAUGGCCAGGCUAUAAUUCCGUAAAUAUAAAAGAUGUCAGAAAACUUCAAAUUGAUAUCGACAGUGCGUUACCCAAUAAGUAAAUUUUUUUUAUUUUUAUUGUGAAUCAAGAUUUUUUAAAUAAAAGCAGAAAUAUCCCAAACAUUAACUUCCCAUACAUUUAGUACGACGACUCACCCCUCAAAGAACUUCGGUGUCGUAAGAGACAAAACUGCUUGUGAUUCAUUAUUUGCGAUAAUAAACUGUAAUAAAAUAUUACUUUUUAUUUUUUAAGGAAGUACAUUUUUUGUUUACAGUAGUUUCUCGAAAUGAGGCCCUUCUUGUGCGAUACAUUGACGGGCCCUCUUAAAUAUUUCUAAAUGAACUUUGCGAUGUAAUUAAAAAAUAAAUGUUAGAUUUAUUAUUUCAUAAACGUUAGUUUUAUUAUUUUAUUACAGUUUAUUAUCGCAAAUAAUGAAUCUCAAGCCAUUUUAUCUCUUACGACACCAAAGUUCUUUGAGGGGUGAGUCGUCGUAUUAAAUGUAUGGGAGGGUUUGAAGUUAAUGUCUGGGAUAUUUCUGCUUUUAUUUUAAAAAUAUUAUUAAUGUAAUUUUACUCAUUGGGUAACGCACUUUCGAUAUCAAUUUGAAGUUUUCUGAUAUCUGUUAUAUUUACGGAAUUAUAGCCUGGCUACACUUAACGAUUACACCCUGUAUACUAGGAUCGCGUUGAACACCAGUACCACCACCACCUUAUUCACGACAAUAUUACUAUAAAAAUAUGAUAAUUCGAAUACUAGUAAAAAUUGUCACUCGUAAUUUACUCUAAAAAUAUAAAUCUACUAAUAUACUAAAUUGUUUAAGUAGUUGGUGUGUAAGUUUGUGCAGUGUAUUUUGGGUAAAUAAAGUGUUUGGAUUGUA